UUUAUUUUUAUUUAUUUUUAUUUAUUUUUAUUUUAUUAAAAAACAAUCUUAUAUUAAUGUUUAAAAUGGUCAAGACUAUUGGUACACACAGCGGACACUUUCAUUGUGAUGAAGCAUUAGCAGUCUCUUUAUUAAAGAAAACAAAGGAAUUUAAUGAUGCCAAUUUAGUUCGUACUCGUGAUCCCAAAAAAUUAGCUGAAUGUGAUGUUGUUGUAGAUGUUGGAGGUGUUUAUGAUCCUGCUACUCAUCGAUACGAUCAUCAUCAACGUGGAUUUACAGAGACUUUCUCCGAAAAUCAUAAAACCAAGUUGAGUUCUGCAGGCCUAAUUUAUAAGCAUUUUGGUAAAGAAGUUGUCAUGAAGAUUCUUGGUAAAACACAAGUUGAUGAAGAAGUAGAAUUGCUUUACCAAAAGACGUACAAUGGCUUUGUUGAAGCUUUAGAUGCCAAUGAUAAUGGUAUUAGCGCAUACCCCAGCAGUAUUAAACCACUUUACAAGGAAACACCUACUACACUUUACCAUCGAGUUUCCAGAAAGAACCCUAAAUGGAAUGAACAUCUUACAGAUCCCGAAAUAGAUGCCCGCUUCGUUGAAGCCUCCGAAAUGGCAGGUUCUGAACUUGUUGAAUAUGUACGUGGCCUGAAAGAAGCUUGGUUACCUGCUCGUUCUCUUGUUAUCGAUGCUCUUAACAAGGCUACUGAAGUUCAUCCUUCUGGUCGUGUUAUUGCCUUUGAAUGCUCUUGUCCUUGGAAGGAACACUUACUUGAUCUUGAGCAAGAGCGUGGCUUAAAGGACGAAAAAUCUAUUUUAUACGUUCUUUAUCCUGAAUCGACAUCUGAAGAUAGUAAUUGGCGAAUUCAAUGCGUCCCUCUUCGCCCUGAAGGAUUUGAGAAUCGAAAGAGUUUACCAGAAGCUUGGAGAGGUUUCCGUGAUGAUGAGUUAUCUCGUUUGAGCGGUAUUGAAGGAUGUAUCUUUGUUCACGCCGCUGGUUUUAUUGGUGGAAAUAAGACACGUCAAGGUGUCUAUGAUAUGGCUAGACUAGCUUUAGAAUUGUAAAUAAGUUAUUAAUUAAAAUUAUAAUUCAGAAAAUUAUUUUAUUGCUUAUUAAGGUAUAAGUUGAGAUUGUACUAUUACUGCUACUAUUACUAUUACUACUACAUAAAAGAGAAUUUAUACAAAUUGGGAGGGAGGGGAGAAAGGAUAUAUUAUUGAAUUAUUAAUAAAUACAAAUUAUUAUUUAAACUGGAAUAUUAUGUGAGAUGUAUUGAAGUAUGCGCUAAGCUACCCGAACCACGCCGUAGAGAUAAGGGCCUUGUUGUAGAGGAUAUUAUACUACAAUAACUAAUAGAAUGCCGCCUUGAUAAUGAAACAUCAUCAUUAUCUUCUUCUUCUUCGAGGGGGCCUGCUGUCGUUGGUAAGGCAUAGAGUGGAGGUGCGCUUGGUAUUACACUC